AUGUCAGAUACGCAUGGAGAGCGUGUUGAGAAUACCCUAUCUCAGGUAGAAGACGUCAACAUCGCCCCUGAAGAAUAUCCGCCCAAGCGCCAGAAACGGGGGAGAUAUGUUUCCAAAGCAUGUGAUGAGUGCCAGAAAAGGAAAAUUAAGUGUGAUGGAAGACUGCCAUGCCGGGCAUGUACGCUCAAAGGCAGAGAGUGCAAUCGACAGACUAUCGAUAUGCGCCGUCGUGGAUUGACAGUCCCAGAUGAGGCGUUGGAGAGAUCUCACUCUCCAGGUGAUCAGGAUAAAGAGCACCCCACGACAAAAGAACUGGCUGUCCGGCUGGACCGGAUUGAAAAUCAGCUAAGCUCACUUGUAUCUUCCAUAUCCCGUGGAUUGGGUGGAUUAGAUGGUUCUACUUCUGAGCCCGUGAGCCCGCAAGACCACCGUACAAACCACGGGCCACGCUCGCUUGGUUUCUCAAGCAUUAAGAGUACACCGAACAACUCAGUGCCGAUGUUCUCUGGUGAAACGUCCAUCGCGCACACGCUGGAUCAGGUUGAAAACCAUUUAGCGCAUAUAGGAGGUGAUGAAAACAGACAUUCUGCUGCGACGUCUCAGAUCGCAAAGACGUCUUUGCCUCCGUCGCCAAUUCCUCGUGGUGAAGUCGACGAUGAGAAUCAUGAGCAGAUCUAUAUUAGACAGGUCUUGAAUGACUUUGACAUUGAACCGGAUAGACAAUGCUGGGACGAGUUCUUGGAUACCUUCUGCGAAGAAGUUCAUAUUCUGUAUCCAAUGCUCCACUUACCCACUCUGCGACUCACUUAUAUCAAAAUGUGGGGCAAACACCUCCUUUCUCCAGAGUGUGAGCUUGGUCAUGAUGAUUCUCGCUUUUCUAUCGCUCAGAUCUGGAUCUGUCUUGCGAUUGGGAGAUGCACCCAGUCGGCGCGUAUUCAUGGUGAGGAUGGUCGACACUCUGCUGGCUGGAGUCUCUAUGAUGCUGCAAUGCAUCUAAUUGGAGAUCUACUAAGUAGUUUCCGGGAGUGUUCAAGCCCGAAAUUGAUUUUGCAGACAUUGGUUCUGAUAGUCAUCUAUCUCUUCCGCUUGGACGCGAAUGAAAGCGCGGAAAAAGUGUUGGCGCUCGCUAUUACGCACUCACAUAAUCUUGGUAUCCAUCGACGCAAAGUUGUCGAAGGCAUAUCUGCUUUUAACAGUGAGAUGGUCCGACGCGUGUGGUGGUGUAUAUAUCUCAUGGAUCGAAGAUUAGCUAUUGAUACGGGCCAUCCAUUCUUGAUACAGGAUGUUAAUGUCGACACUCCUCUGCCUCGAGAGCUUAGUGAUGAUUGGCUUACGGGAUAUCGAGAUGACCCAAGUACGAAUUGUGAAGUUGAGCCUGACAUCCAGGCAGAAGUAGCUCGGGCUCCUUUGACAGCGGUAUCAUAUCUCAAUGCUAUGAUCAGCUAUUCGCGUUUAAUUGGCAGAGUCUGGGAAGGAAUGUAUGGCGUGGGCAGAACUGAGACGGCCCCGAGUUUUCUUCUGCGCGAGUCUUUGGAGCAACAUAUCGCCAGAGCUCAGAAGGAAAUACAGUCUGAAUUUCUUCAAGAUUAUAACAAGCCGUUGAACUGGAAAUUGAACAGCGCCCCAUGGUGGCGUACCAAGCAGCGGAUGCUGAUGCAUAUUCGAUGGUACUCUAUCCAACUCCUGAUCCGCAAACCAAUGCUCCAACGAGCAGUUUCUCCAUCAAGCCCCAUUCCAGAGAGCCCCGAAAACGAGGUUACCUGCAUGCACAUCGCCCAAAACAUGAUCCAAGGACUAACCAAGUUCCCAAAAGAACGUGUUCGCUCUACGUUCACAUUCCUUCAUUACUUCGUAUCUGCUACUAUGAUCUCUAUGGGAUUGAUAAUCAAGGAACCUUCGUUUAAAGCUGCUUAUGGUAAUGCAACACUGCAAGCGGCUAGGAUGUUGAGGACAUACUGUCGUCAGACGUGGAUUUCUGGGAGGAUGGUGCGGUCGAUAUACAGACUGAACCAGAUGGCUACGCGAGUUCUUAGUGAUUACUCGAGUCGGCCAUCGUCUCGUGAGGUGAAAGAGGCCCGGAAACCUGCGUUAGCAAACCGUCCGUCGAAGCAGCCGUAUUUCGCUCCUGACAUGCAUCCCCAACAUAAUACGUCAUAUUCGCUUGGGAAUGCUCCUGACAGCCGACAGGCGCCACAAGCCACCGAGAAUACUCAAGGCCAGCAAAUAAAAUUUCCAAACAAUCCUCUCGACUACCCAACCAACACCGGCUUACACGAUCUCAGCGCAUUCGAAGAUAUCUGGAACCCCGAGCUCACAAAUAUCGUGAUGGACGAUUUUGAUUUCGAGGAGACUACCGCAAGUAAUCUGAACCAGACAUUCCCGUCCAAUGCAUACGGAAUCAACCCGGCAUUGACUCAGACGACGACGACUUUCGCUGCCCCUGAUGUGGAGAGUGCGAGACCUCUCAACGCACAAACUGCCUUCAUAUAUGAUGCACCAACGGGAAUAUCUCAAGAUGUACAGGUUACAGGAGAGUCGGAAAUGGAAAUUGACUGGCUACAGUCUUUGUUUUGGGAUUCUGUUGGGUCGUAUCUAUAG